CACUGGACCUAAAUGGCGCAGCAUGACUUUGUUCCUGCUUGGCUAAAUUUUUCAACACCACAAUCAGCUAAGUCACCUACAACCACUUUUGAAAAACACGGAGACCACCUACCCCGAGGAGAAGGUAGAUUUGGAGUAAGCCGUCGGCGACACAAUUCGUCUGAUGGCUUCUUUAACAAUGGACCUUUACGAACUACAGGAGAUUCCUGGCAUCAACCAUCCCUGUUCCGCCAUGAUUCUGUGGACUCUGGUGUUUCUAAGGGAACAUAUGCUGGAAUCACAGGGAACUUGUCUGGUUGGCACAGCUCUUCCCGGGGUCAUGAUGGCAUAAGCCAGCGUAGUGGAGGUGGCACAGGGAACCAUCGACACUGGAAUGGCAGCUUCCACUCCCGGAAAGGCUGUGCCUUUCAGGAAAAGCCACCUACAGAGGUUAGGGAAGAAAAAAAAGAAGACAAGAUGGAAAAAUUGCAGUUUGAAGAGGAAGACUUUCCUUCUUUGAAUCCAGAAGCUGGCAGGCAGACUCAGUCAUGCAGACCUAUUGGGACCCCUUCUGGAGUUGUCUAUAAGAACCUGGUUCCUAAGCCUGCACCACCUCCUUCCAAGCCCAAUGCAUGGAAAACUAACAGAAUGGAACACAAAUCAGGAUCCCUUUCCUCUAGCCGGGAGUCUGCUUUUACCAAUCCAAUUUCUGUUACCAAACCAGUGGUACUGGCUGGUGGUGCAGUUCUAAGCUCUCCCAAAGAGAGUCCCUCCAGCACUACCCCUCCAGUUGAGAUCAGCUCCUCUCGUCUGACCAAGUUGACCCGUCGAACUACCGACAGGAAGAGUGAGUUCCUGAAGACUCUGAAGGAUGACCGGAAUGGAGACUCCUCAGAAAACAGAGACUGUGACAAGCUGGACGAUUUGGAAGAGAACAGCACACCCGAACCAAAGGAAAAUGGGGAGCAAGGCUGUCUUCAGAAUGGUCUCUCUCUCCCUGUUGUGGAAGAAGGGCAGGUCCUCUCACAUUCUCUAGAAGCAGAGCACAGGUUAUUGAAAGCAAUGGGAUGGCAGGAAUAUCCUGAAAAUGAUGAGAAUUGCCUUCCACUCACAGAGGAUGAGCUCAAAGAGUUCCACAUGAAGACAGAGCAGCUGAGAAGAAAUGGCUUUGCAAAAAAUGGCUUCAUGCAAAGUCGCAAUUUGAGCCUCUUCUCUCCUUGGAGAAACACUUGCCAAAGAUUUGAUGAAGAAAUAGAAGUUAGUCGAUACAUGACACGGAAUGCUGGCAUAUUUGCCAUUGCUACAUUUGCUUGUCCAUGA